AUCUCGCAUCCAAAGAAUCUGCAUCAGUAUUAUUCCGAUCAUUUUUGUUUAUAUUUCGCUCUCAUAUAUAUAUAUAUACAUAUAUGCAUACAUACAUAUAUAUUCUGUCGAGUGGUGAACAUUUUUGAUCGAUAUUUGGAUUACAAAUAUUAUAUGUUAUCAUUUUAAAUUCGUUGUUGAGUUGAGUGUAAUGGACACAGUGAAUAAGAGAAAAUUAUGAAGAAGCCAAGAAGUCGACAAGAGAAAAGUUGGAUUGAGGUGAUGCGAUCUAAGAACCAAUGGAAAAACGGAAUAACUUUGCUUCUCGAUUCACGCAUACGUAUAUAUGUGCAGGUGCAUACAUAUAGUUUCUACGGAUGUAAUAAACACAUGCGUGCCCAUAAGAAAGUGUAGAUAUGUGGGCAGAAUGCACUUGUGGAAAUAAUGGCUGACUAGUACAUAGUACAUAGUAACUAAUAGUUGCUAGUAGUGUUAUUGCACACACAGAGACGAAGCUGUGUGGAUUCCGAUUCCGAUUCGAGUCAAACAAAAUUACUUACGUUCACGUUAAAACAAAUAGGCGGUAGAUGUUGACGGCAAUUGAUAACAUCGUUCGAUUGAUAAUUGAAUAUCCGACCAAACUCACCUAUUACUCCGAUUCCGAGCCUUAAAGAGGCCGAAAAUCGAAAGCGAAUAACAAUCAAUCGUUUGUAUACACGAAAAUGUAAGAGACGAAAAAUGAUUGAUAGAACAGAAGUGUUGAUGAAAUGACAGUUUUGUUUAUGAUGGGACGUUCACUAAAGGAUUCAAUGAAGUCAUGCGUGUUGUUUGAAAGAGAAAGAACACCUUCGAUGUCACGAUGCAAUUUACACGAUACAUUGCUUCGUGCCUUGUUUUUCUACAAUUAACUAUGCUCGUAUCAUUUUUGUUUAUAUCUCAUUGAAUUUCUGCACGUGUUAUCGAAAAUAUUCAACACCAUGGUGCACAUACCAAGCGCGUAUAGUUACAACUUUUGGGCGAAAUCACCCACAGAAGUUGUCGAGUUGACAUGUUUAAUGCCAAAUGGGGUCUUCAUACCCUUGGAAACUAAUCGCAAUAUCACUUUGGCUGAGAUUAAAGAGGAUCUCUGGGAUGAAGCCAGCAAGUAUCCUCUUCAUGGUACAUUGAAAGACGCUCCGUCCUAUGUGUUUUCAUGUAUUAAUUCCAAUGCGGAAGCUGAAGAACUGAGAGAUGAAACUAGACGUUUGUGCGAUAUAAAACCAUUUUGUUCUGUGUUAAAAGUUAUAGAAAGAGAAGGUGUUAAAAGUGAUAGAAAUUUAGAUUCUCAAAUCGGUUUACUCAUCGGAAAAGGCUUACAUGAGUUUACGGCACUAAGAAACUCCGAAGUAAAUGACUUCAGAUGGAAAAUGCGUGUACUGGGAGAUGAAGUUGCAAUGGCUAGACAAAAAAAGUCUUGGAUGGAGAAAGUGCGUUACCAGUUUCCUACAAGAUUAGCACCCACUGCCACUAUACCAAAAAAUAUUGAAUGCCGAUUGAAAGAUGGAAACAUCGUCCUUCUUACUAAAUUCGAAAACACAGAGACGGCCUUCACGUUUCAAAUACUACAUACCACAAUGCCAUAUCAGUUACUGGUAUUAAUUUUGAAUAAGCGGGCGAACACUUUAAUGUCCAAAGGUCAUCCGAACGAUUUCACAUUAAAAGUGUGCGGGCAAGAGGAAUAUUUAAUCGGGGAAUAUCCUUUGAUACAAUUCAGUUACAUUCAAGAGUGCCUAGCGAAAGACAUUGUUCCUACGUUAAUCACAAUAAACAGGGACAGCGUUUCAGUCGAUCAAGAGAACACUGCAGAAAACGCGGAAGCGGAUGCCUUGCAGCGUGCAAGACCCACGUUUUCAACGCCAACCCUUCGCAAGAAGGGUAAACAUAUAUCCGCCUGGAAAAUAGAGGAACCGUUCGUAUUUACUGUCAACGGUAUAUCACGAUUGAAUUGCGAUGCUCAUCGUACCGUUGAGAUUGGUCUUCAAGCGGGUCUCUUUCACGGUGGAAAGUCCCUGUGCGAAAGCCAGAGGACGAAAGAAACGGUGGUCAAUUCUGAGGGCAGUUGCGAAUGGGAGGAAGUGUUGAAAUUUGAUAUAAAAGUGAAAGACAUACCGCGAAUGGCCAGGCUGUGUUUUGUUUUAUACGAAAUUAGUAAGACUGCGAAAGGACUGAAGAGUCGUAGAUUAGUUAGAGAUACCAAACAAGAAUGUUUUAUAAAUCCGUUGUGUUGGGCCAACACUACCAUAUAUGAUUUCAAGUCUCAAUUAAAAGCGGGAGCGAUGACACUUUACACGUGGACGUAUGUCGAGGAUAUGCAAAACGAUGAUCUUUUACAUCCUCUCGGAACGGUGGUGUCAAAUCCUGAUAUAGAUAGAGCGGCUGCUUUAAUGUUGACAUUUCCAAAUUAUGGAAAAGACAAGUCCGUUCUUUAUCCAACCCCAGAGAAAAUGGUUGAAUACGCACGGAAGUUGCGGGAAUCGUCCGCCGAACGUUCGAUUCAAGAGGAGCCCGAUGAAGAACUUAACGUCGGCAAACUUCAACAAUUGGAGCAGCUUCUAUUACUAGCAGACAGAGAUCCAUUGCACGAGCUCCACGAACAAGAACGAAAAAUAAUGUGGACGUUACGGCAUCAUUGUCUCCUCGAAAUACCCACACUGUUGGCCAAGUUGUUGCAUUGCGUAGAAUGGAACGAUCACAGGGAAGUAGCUGAAGCUACGGCGCUGGUGCAACAGUGGCCCAAAUUACCAGUUGAAAAGGCACUUGAAUUAUUGGAUUACGCGUACGCCGAUCAAAACGUUCGAAGUUUCGCUGUACGUUGUUUAAAGGACGUCAGCGAUGAAGAGUUGAGCCUCUAUCUAUUGCAGUUGGUGCAGGCACUGAAGCAUGAAAAUUAUUUGUCCUGUGAUCUAACGGAGUUUCUGCUGAGGCGCGCUCUUAACAAUCGAAGGAUCGGUCAUUUCUUGUUUUGGCAUCUUAGAUCGGAAAUGCAAGUAGGUGCCGUAUCCGUACGAUUCGGUUUAAUAUUGGAAGCGUACUGCAGAGGAAGUCAGCAGCAUAUGCGAUCACUGUUCAAACAGAUGGAGUGCCUGGAUAAGUUAAAAUGUGUAUCCGAACAAAUAAAACAGCGAAAAGAUCGGAAGGCAGCGUUGCAAGCUUUCCAAGAAUUUAUUCAAGCAGCCCACUGUCAAGAAGCGUUGUCGAACGUGUUAAAUCCGUUGGAUCCAAGUUUCCGGUGGAAGCAGAUCAAAAUCGAAAAGUGUAGAGUGAUGGACAGUAAAAUGCGACCGCUUUGGCUCGUUUUUGAGAACGCCGAUCCGUUUGGCGACGAUGUCUAUUUAAUAUUGAAACACGGAGACGAUUUGAGGCAAGACAUGCUCACAUUGCAAAUGCUACGAAUUAUGGAUAAACUCUGGAAGAGAGAGGGUCUGGAUUUGCGUAUGAAUCCUUACGGUUGCAUAUCAACGGAGAACAGAGUUGGUAUGAUCGAGGUAGUUCUGAACGCGGAAACGAUCGCGAAUAUCCAAAAAGAGAAAGGCACGUUCUCUGCUACAGCUGCUUUUAGGCGAGGCUCUUUGCUCGCGUGGCUAAAAGACCACAACCAUACCGAAGCAGCAUUGAAUAGAGCUAUCGAAGAAUUCACGUUAAGUUGUGCGGGUUACUGUGUAGCAACGUACGUUCUCGGAAUUGCAGACAGACAUUCAGAUAAUAUAAUGGUAAAGAAAACCGGUCAAUUGUUCCACGUUGAUUUCGGCCACAUUCUUGGACACUUCAAAGAGAAGUUUGGAUUUCGACGGGAACGCGUGCCGUUCGUGUUGACCAAUGAUUUCGUACACGUAAUAAACAAAGGCCAAACGAAAAAGGGUCAAGCGGUCGAGUUUCAACGGUUUCAAAGUCAUUGCGAGCAAGCUUUUCUUGUUCUAAGGCAACAUGGAGGUUUAAUACUAUCUCUGUUCGCUAUGAUGAUAUCCACCGGAUUGCCAGAACUAUCAUCCGAAAAAGAUCUUAACUACUUAAGGGACACUUUGGUAUUGGAGAUGUCCGAAAGCGAGGCGCAGAAGCAUUUUCGAAGCAAAUUCGAUGAGGCUCUUUGUAAUUCGUGGAAGACUUCGUUAAAUUGGGCGUCUCACAAUAUGUCAAAAAACAAUAAAACGACGUGAAUUGGGACCAUUUGGUCGAUUGUAUAAUAAAACGAAAAUACGAUGAAUUAGAGACGUUACGUAUCGCUUCAUGUCACGUCCGAUUAUGAAUUGUAUCGGUAACGUUAAAUGAGGCAUUAAGCGAUGGUGUAAAUUUUUCUCAGAGAGAAUAUAUGUAACGCGAGGAAAUGAAAAGAGCGAAGGGGAUUUGUUGUUCUCCUUGCGCCGGUACUUGUGCGCGCCCUCACACUUACACAUGCCUACAUUUUCUCUCUAUCUUUUGAUCUACGUAUCUCUCUAUCAUUGUCUACCAUGUCCUCGCUCGUCGGUACAUGCGUGAGACUGAGAAAGCGUGUAAUGAACUGGAGAAAAGAUAUGCAAGCGGAAUACGUAUAUACGCGGUACAUAUCAUUUGGUCAACGUUGCAAAUUUGCGUAUAUUCUCAAUGCAAAGAAUAAAAAAAUACGUAAACCUUUCUUUGAGAGCAAUGUUUCAUCACGAGCGUCCCACAUUGUGCCGUACCAACACGCUUUCUGUCGAAGCAAGGAAUGUCGAGGCUAACUGAAGAGUUGAGAGUUAACUCUGAAUUUUCGACCCCUCAAUCACGCUAUUGUAUCGACUAAUAAUAAACGAAGUUAUUCUUCA